AUUUUGAGAUAAAAAAAUAUGUGCACCUGUACAUUAUUGACUGUAUAUUAGUAUAGGUCCAUUUGGCCCAUACCUACACAUGGAAAUGCAAACUGUUUGGUAGAGUCUGCAAUUAUAAACCAGAAAUUUGAAGAAAAAGAAAAGUAGCUUUCAUGGGUUUUAAAAUGGAUGCUGCAAAUGCAAGCCGUUUAUUAUCAGGGUUCUGGGUUUUUAUUUGAUGAAAUUUUCCAUAUAGGAAUCCAAAUAAGAAAUCAAGUUUUUGUGCACUGGUGAAGAUGUUGUGUGCUUGCUCAGGGGAGCAAUUCAAGUUUGAAGAGGCACCCCAAUCUCCAGAGUCAUUGGCCACAAGGGAUUUCUCAGCUAGUGGCCUUUCAUCUAGAACCACCGGAGACUGGGAGUCUAGACUUGAGGAUAUUCAAGUUGAUGAAGCUGAAUCUACUCUUAAAGAAGCUCUGUCAUUGAAUUAUGAGGAAGCCAGGGCAUUGCUAGGGAGGCUUGAAUAUCAGAGGGGAAAUUUUGAUGCUGCACUUCAGGUGUUUCAGGGUAUUGACAUCAGAAGUUUAACUCCUAAAAUGAUAAGAGCUAUUAUUGAAAGAACUCGCCAAAGAAAGCCUCGUGCCAGGGGAGAUAUUGCGGUUUCUAGUGCUAUGUCUAUGCAUUCAGUGAGUCUACUUGUUGAAGCAAUCUUACUUAAAGCAAAAUCGCUAGAUGAACUGGGGCACUACGGAGAGGCUGCUAAGGAGUGCAGAAUUAUUUUGGACAUCGUUGAAUCAGCAUUACCUAAUGGUAUGCCUGAAGGAAUUGGUGAGGACUGCAAACUAGAGGAAAUGUUUCACAAAGCAUUGGAGUUGCUACCCAUUCUUUGGAUAAAGGCAGGUUUACUUGAUGAAGCUAUCACUGCAUAUCGCCGGGCUCUAAUCAAGCCAUGGAAUCUAGGUCCAGAAAGGUUGGCUGGAGUGCAAAAAGACUUGGCUUCUAUUUUACUCUAUGGUGCUGUUGAAUCAAAACUUGCCCCUCAGUUACAAGAAUGGGGUCCAGCUACUCCCAGCAGUAGUACAGAGGAAGCAAUCCUUUUAUUGUUAGUACUCAUGAAAAAGGUAGCUUAUGGGGAAAUCAAGUGGGAUGAAGAAAUCAUGAAUCAUCUGACUUAUGCACUCUCAGUUAUUGGGCAGUUUGAGUUAUUAGCAGAUCAUGUGGAGCAAGCCCUUCCUGGUGUCUAUAAUCGAGCUGAUAGGUGGUACUUUCUUGCUCUUUGUUACAGUGCUGCAGGCCAGAACGAAGCAGCUUUGAACUUGUUAAAAAAAGUUUCAGGAUUCUCAGAAUCAAAGCACAGACCUCAUAUUCCUUCCUUUUUAUUGGGAGCAAAAUUAUGUUCCCAAGAUCCAAAGAAUUCUCAUGAGGGCAUUAAAUUUGCUCAUAAAGUGAUAAACUUGGCUAAUCAACAGAAUCAACAUUUCAUGGGUGAAGCCCAUAAGUUUCUCGGUGUUUGCUAUGGGAAUGCAGCAAGAAUUUGCUUGUCUGACUCUGAAAGACAUUUUCUGCAAAGAGAGUCUUUAAACUCUCUAAACCAUGCUGCUCUGAAUAGGCAGGAGGACCCAGAAAUGAUGUAUAGCCUUGCACUUGAAAACACAUUGCAAAGGAAUAUAGAUGCGGCUUUUGACAAUGCAAUGACGUAUGCUGAAACCAUGGGUGGUUUCUCAGUUAAAGGCUGGAAGUUAUUAGCCCUUGUUAUUUCUGCCCAGCAGCGAUUCCGGGAUGCCGAAAUAGUUGUUGAGUUUGCUUUGGAUGAGGCUGAGAGAAUGGAUCAGUUUGAACUUCUUAGAUUGAAGGCUGUGCUUCAAAUUGCUCAGGAGCAGCCCAAGAAGGCAAUAGAAACAUACAGAAUAUUGCUGUCUUUUAUUCAAGCACAGAGAGAUGUUCAGGCCAAGAAUACUGAUCAUGCACAUAUAUUUGAGUCUGAGGCAGAAGCAGAAAGAAACCUGGAACUGGCAGUGUGGCAAGAUUUGGCAUCCAUUUAUACAAAACUUGGUCUGUGGACUGAUGCCGAAAUUUGCUUGGAGAAAGCCAAGUUGAUGGACUUUCAUUCUCCCAGAAGUUGGCAUACCACAGGAGCAUUAUUUGAUGCUCGAUCACUACACAAAGAAGCCCUUGUUGCUUUCUCGGUCUCGCUGUCAAUAGAACCAGAUUAUGUUCCAAGUAUCGUCUCAACUGCAAAAGUGUUGAUGAAACUUGGAAGUCAGUUAUUUCCCAUUGCGAGGAGCUUUCUAAUGAAUGCUUUGCGCAUAGAGUCCAUGAAUCAUGAGGCGUGGUUGAAUCUUGGUCUAAUUUCAAAAAUGGAAGGCUCAUUACAACAGGCUGCAGACUUUUUCCAAGCUGCAUAUGAGCUCAAGCUGUCAGCUUCUGUGGAAAGUUAGCAUGUUAAUGGUUUUCCAACCACUUCAAAGCAAAAAAUCGCCCAAAUUUGGGAUCUUCCUUGAAUUAUAUUUAUCAUGAAAUGGCCAUUGGAUUCAAUCGUUAGCAUCAACAGAAAAGAGAGUGCAAUGGGUUGACACGUAGUGCUGAUUCCACUCAACACCCCUGUAGCAAUAGAUUCCCAUGAUUCAUUUGUAUAGCAAAACCUGCUGUAGUUGUGAAUUACUCUAUUGAUAUUCAAAUUUUUUAGCAUAACAGUUUGA